AUGAAAAACAACAAUCCAUCAUGUGUGGACUCUUACUGUAAACAAGAUAGAGAAAUUCAAGGUGUUAGAAUUCCUAACAAAUAUUUGUCGUCAUGUUAUCAUCAAGGAAAAGAAAAAUAUGGAAUAGUUUAUUCACAAGGCACUGGAUUAGCUCCCAAUCAGUUAUUGAUAAUUGUGGCGGACUCAAGUAGAACACGGAUUGAUGAAUGUACACAUGUUCGUGGUGAACUAGUUGACACCCAUCCAAGUACUGGAAGGCCUAUUUUGGGCGUAUUGAAUUAUUGUCUGCCUGAGAAAGAAUCAAUCACAAUAUCCGAUGACAUACUGGUCAAUGUGAUGAAGCAUGAAACAGCUCAUAUACUGGUUCAAUCGGAUGAACAUAAUAGACCAAACCUGUGCGAGCAGAAAAGUGAAAUAAAACCAGAUUCAAUAUCAAACAUGUUUAUGGAAUAUAGGGGUCCUAAUUCAGGUUGUUUCAAUGACCAAAAACAAACAUAUGUUAACAUAUCAGGAACUUACAUUGAUGAGAAGAAACCAUCUUGUCAUAAAGUAAGUCAUAUUAGAGUGAAAUAG